AUCGCGAACGUUCACAGGAGCGUAUUGCGAAAAUUCUCGUCUAAUAGUGAAGUUGGAUCGUGAGUUGGGACUGACUAGCGAGUUUAGAUACAACGCAUCGUCUCAGAUACGCACGCAUUACAAUUAGGUGUUGCAGGUGUUUUAGCCGAGUGAACAAUCUUUCGCGGUUUUCUAGCUGUUCUCAGCGAAUUUAGGUCUCGAUUUUAGAAUACUUCACAAAUUUCUUAUUUACAUAUUUCCGACUGAAUAGUCGGACAAUCUAUUCUAACAAAAUUCUAUCUGAGAUCGUCUCGGAGCCCCCAAUUUCUAAAAAUCUUGAGUUAUUCAACGUGACACAGUUUUACAACAUUCACGGGAGAUUAGCGUGAGUCCCAAAUUAUAGAUUUUGAAAAAAGAUACUGCCAUCCAAAGUGAAAGUUUGCGCGACAUAUGAAGAGACCGCUACCGCUGAAAUACCAAAAUAAAAAAAAAUUAAUUGUUUAAAAUUUGUUUAAAGUUCAAGCCUUUGGUCUAGAGGUUUUGCUGGGCUUCUUGGUUUGUUUUUAGUAUGCCCAGAGCGUAGUCGUGCCGGUUUUAAGUGUAAAAACGUGCAAAAAGUUAUGCGAUAAAACUAGAUGUGUUGCGAAAAAAACGCAAAAGUGCGGUGGGAUCAGAUAAGGUGAAAUUGUGCGUACGAGAAUAAUACGUGAAUGUGGUUCGGUGUCACGUUUUCCCACUUGGCGGAUGGCCUGCGUUGAUGGAUAUGUGAAAAAAAAAUAAAUAGUUUGAAAGCAAGUGCAGUGCGUAUGUUAUUUCGUGUGCGAAUUUCAGAUAAUUUAGUUGUCUCGCUUGGGAUGUAUGAAAUUUAGUUAAUAAAUUCAAUGAAAAUAUUCGUAUUCGUUCCCCUUGGGUGGGUUUCUGCAGCCGAAAAUUGACGUCAUCUGUGGUCUUUCUCUGCACAAUCUAGCAGCUGUUACAAGGCGGUAAAAAGCUAAGCAAGCGAGGUGGGACCGAAAAAAGCACAACCUCACAUCUGAAGCGUAUCCUCACCCCCAACCAACUGCAAUGACCCAAUAAAACCGGAAGGACAACAUUAAAUGCACAAAAGUCGGAAAAUUACUGUGAAAAGUGAAAUUCCUUCUACAAGUUGAACUUUUCUCGUAAUCCAAGUAGCAACUCGAGGACAAAGUGUAUCUCACGAAAAUACCAUAUGCAUCCUUUCACCAUCUCCACGCUUCCAGGCCACCAGGACAGGAUCCAACUUUAAUGGAAAUUAAUUUACCGAAGAAAUUAUGCAGAAGAGUUUUAUCGGUGCAGGAAGUUCUGAACUGUUGACGUGACAAGGAGAAAAGCAAGCUGGAAUGGUAGCGGAAGUCAUGCAGUCAAAAGGAAAGAAAGAUCCUGGUGUUUGGCUACAAAGUCCUUGCGAUUCAUUCCAUGUUCCCAUCGCCCCCGCACAUCGAGAAGCAUCCACUUGAAAAGUGCAUAAUUAAAAGAACAGAAACGCCUGAAUAAAGGACGAAGGACGAAAACGUUAUAUUGCUAUCCGAGGGAAAUGCGGAUCAUAAAUUUUCGGGAGCGAAUAUUUCACGCGACGUUACCUACCAUAAACAAUCCAACAAGAAAGCAGCAUCAGUGGUAACAAUUUCAACGUGGCUGUUAACGCAAUCACAAUGCCGUGUCCUAGGGAAACUGUUUGUGACCGACUCACCUUUCGCAUUGACGCUUCGGAACAAAAUUAAUUUUCCGUCAAAAAGGACAUUGGGAAAAAUAAGCUUGAAAAUUACAUAAAGCCGCGAUUUCAAGGAAAGGAUUUAAUAGAAUUGUGAUCUCACUGGCCUCAUAUUGUUGUCCUAAAAAUUAAACACGAAAAUAACUACUGGAAGCUCUCGAAAAGGACUCGUUUUGGAUGUGGUGAUUGUCGAGUAAUUCAAUCAAAUUAUGAAGGGACAUCUACAAUUAAGAUUAAUUUUCGUUUUACAAAUCAUUUUGCUUUUGAUUGAUCGUAAAUUUCGUGUGACGGCGGAAAUAUUCACGCUUGGAUAUUUAACGGGGUCACAGCGACGAGCUGACAAUUUGGAUUACUCAAGACCAGGUCUCACCAUCUCCGGUGCAAUAUCCUUGGCCAUAUCCAAAGUGAAUUCUGGCAAAUUGAAAGAUCUAGGACAUUCGCUCACCUUCCUAGUGGCAGAGACAUAUGGCGAGGAGAUAUCGAGUAUACGACAAACAGCGUCAUUGUGGACUCAACACGUAUCCGGUUACAUAGGACCCCAGGAGACUUGCGUGCACGAAGGACGAAUGGCGGCUGCAUUCAAUCUUCCUAUGAUAUCUUAUUUUUGCACACAUCGCGAUACAUCGAAUAAAAAGGACUUUCCAACGUUCGCUCGAACCCGUCCGCCGGAUACACAAAUUUCCAAGUCGGUCGUAUCCUUAUUGCUGGCCUUCAAUUGGACACAAGUAACCUUCCUCUAUUUGGAUACGAAAGACGGUGAAUAUGGAGCCAUAGCCGACACUAUAAUUGAAAUUCUUCGGAUAUCUGGAGUCAAUGUACGAAUGACGUUAACAUGGACAACAAUUUAUCAUCACGGAUUCAAUCGCAACCCCUUCGAUGAUAUCGUGGAGAAGACAUACACAAAUACGAGAAUUUAUCUAAUUCUAGGACACUACUUCGAGCAUAUAGGACUAAUGAAAAGUCUACAGAACCGAGGACUUUUGGAUAAAGGAGAAUAUUUUGUGGUUGGAAUUGACAUUGAACAGUAUGAUCCCUCGGCAGCGGAUAAGUAUAUGCGUGGCUCGUUAAUGGAAACCGGAGAUUCUGAGGCAGAGAAGGCGUUUCAAUCUUACUUGGGGAUAUGUCCCACAGCUCCGAAGGCAUUUCAGGAGUUUGCAAAGGAGGUUAACAUGUACAUGGAGCGUCCGCCGUUUCGGUACCCCAACCCACUAGGGUAUUUCGGAGGAACAAAGCAGAUUCGUGCCGAGGCUGCAUACUUAUACGAUGCUGUGCAUCUUUAUGCCAAUGCCCUGAUUAAGGUCCUGGAGGAAGGCGGAAAUGCACGGAACGGAUGUGCUAUAAUCGAUGCUGCAAAAGGAAGCCGUUAUUUAAGCGCAAUGGGCUAUAUGGUGUAUAUCGACGAGAAUGGGGAUGCCGCCGGGAAUUACACUGUCUUGGCAAAAGGAAAAUUUCGUAAUGCAAGUAAUGUUACGAAGUGGGGCCUGGUGCCUGUAGGAACUUUCAGUGCACCAGAUAGUCACAGUAUACCGGACUUAAAUCUGUUUCGCCGAAUUCACUGGAUUGGAAAUGCACCACCUGUUGCCGAACCAUUUUGCGGAUUCCGAGGAGAGAAAUGUAUCAGUUAUACAGGUGAAAUCUCAGCCGGGAUUGCAGGAGGUGCUUUGUUGCUCUUGGGAAUAGUUUCGUUGGUAUUGUAUCGAAAUUGGCGCUAUGAACAGGAAUUGGAUAGUCUUCUGUGGAAAAUUGAUUAUCGAGAGAUACAACUGCAUGACUCGGAUAAGGAAGGCAAUGGACAGCAGAAACGCGAGACGAGGGUCGAUCGAUGGUCGGUAUCCGGAGCGCCAUUAGUACUCCAACGUAUUGAAGAUUCGUACUAUGUGACAGAGGUUUCAAAGCCAUUUAGCGAUUGUCAAAACAACUACACAACCACCACGAAAGUAAACGCAACGCAUCCGCUAAUUCGCACGAGCCAAGUCAGCUUGAGCUCAAAUCCAGAUGCUGACUUUCGCUACUCCACGAUUUUCACCCCAAUUGGACUCUACAAGGGGCAACUCUAUGCAAUUAAGAAAAUUCGGAAGAAAAGUGUCGAUAUUACGCGCGAGAUGAAAAAGGAGUUGAAACUGCUCCGAGAUUCCCGUCACGACAACAUCUGUGCCUUCAUAGGAGCCUGCACGGAACCUCCGAAUGUUUGUGUAAUCACCGAAUACUGUACACGUGGAAGUCUUAAGGACAUUUUAGAGAAUGAAGACGUUAAGCUGGACAACAUGUUUAUUGCAUCCAUGGUUGCGGAUAUUAUUCGGGGUGUCAUCUAUUUACACGAAUCUCCACUUCGAUUCCAUGGUUCAAUAUGUACAUCGAAUUGUUUGAUUGAUUCCCGAUGGGUGGUCAAGUUGAGUGACUUUGGACUUUUUGCGUUCAAGAAGGGAUCAGAGGAAGUCCUCGACUCACAGAAUAUGGCAGCAAGAUGCACAAAACUCUUAUACAGAUCACCUGAGCUUCUACGAGCAGGACCUCCUUCGAUGGUACCAGGUAGUCAGAAAGGCGAUUCCUAUUCAUUUGGUAUAGUUCUCUACGAAAUACACACCAGGCACGGACCAUUUGGGGAAACAGGACUCACUCCCAUGGAAUGUCUCAGAAGAGUCUUACAACCACCUGACAACAUGGGACCAUACAGACCUUCUCUGCAACCCCUCGAAACAUCAUUCGACUGCGUCCGUGAAUGCCUACGAGAAUGUUGGAAUGAAAAACCCGAGGAUCGUCCAGAUUUCAAAACAAUCCGUGCUAAACUUCGACCUCUCCGAAAAGGGAUGAAACCCAAUAUUUUCGAUAAUAUGAUGUCGAUGAUGGAGAAAUAUGCAAACAAUUUAGAGGCACUAGUUGACGAAAGGACUGAUCAAUUACAAGAGGAGAAAAAGAAGACUGAAGCACUCCUUUUGGAGAUGCUACCCCGCCCUGUUGCUGAGCAACUCAAGAAGGGCAACAAAGUAGAUCCGGAAAGCUACGAUAUGGUUACGAUAUAUUUUAGUGAUAUUGUGGGUUUUACGUCAAUGUCGGCUGAGAGUACCCCGUUGCAGGUUGUGGAUUUUCUUAGUGAUUUGUACACGUGUUUUGACUCGAUUAUUGGAAAUUAUGAUGUGUACAAGGUGGAAACGAUUGGUGAUGCUUAUAUGGUGGUUUCCGGUCUACCAAUACGAAACGGUGAUAUCCAUGCUGCUGAAAUAGCUUCGAUGUCCUUGCACCUACUGAGCGCCGUCUCCGAAUUCAAGAUUCGACACCGGCCAGACAAACAACUCUACCUUCGCAUUGGAAUCCACUCAGGACCUGUAUGCGCAGGUGUUGUAGGACUUAAAAUGCCUCGCUAUUGUCUAUUUGGUGAUACUGUGAAUACCGCAUCCAGAAUGGAAUCGACUGGCCUACCCUUAAGGAUCCACUGUAGUCGACAGUGCAAACUACUUUUAGAUAAGCUCGGAGGAUACUAUUGUGAGGAACGUGGCAUGAUACCUAUGAAAGGCAAAGGAGAGCAACGUACUUAUUGGCUACUAGGCGAGGAUGAAGAAGCUAAGCAGAGAAGAACCGCUGAAAGGUCCCAGCGGAGAGGUUCCCGUGCUUUAAACAAAUUUCUCCAGGGGACAAUUAAAGCAAACAUAACGAAUGCAAUAGACUCAGGACAAAGGAGCUCCUUAAAAAAUCGAAAUGUCCCACGAAACUCAUUGACACGAUCCUCGAGUCUAGAAUCACCAAAGAAACUGAGAUUUGCUGCAGGAAGCUUAUUAGAACACCAUCGAUAUCACAGUGACGAUGCACUAUUAGAAGUUAUAUCUGAUUCUAGUCCUCGGAAAUCUAGUGGAGGAUCAAUAGCAUAUGAUGAUAUGACGUCUUCCUGUCCUUGCAUAGACGAGCUGGGGAUGUCCAUCGAACGGAAACCAUGUCCAUAUCCGACCGUUACAACCCCGCUACUAUCUAAUCAUAUCGAUACUUAAUUCAUUGGAACGCGUCCUUUUUCAGCAUUGUUUUUUUAUUCUGUUGUACUUCUUCAAGUGCUUUAAAUUCUACUUCGCCAUUAAAGGCCAGGAAGGUACGGUGAGAAAAAGAUGGUCUUCUAGUCGACAAGUCAAACCCUUUUAUUAGUUUAAACUAUAUUAAAUCGAGUCUGCUGAAUAGUAAAUUAUUGAAUUUAAUUAAUGAGAAUCUAAGCAAGGAAAGUCUUAAAGGAAGAAUCAAAAGUGAUAGCAUUUACCUUUAUAUACCAUAAAUAUAUAUACAUAUUCGUCUAGAUAAUCAUCUGUCUGUGACUUAAGAUAUCAAAAUUACGCCUAACUACAUACUAUGUAUUCUGAGUUUAAGAUAAAAGCAAGUGUAAAAGUAUUUGAAUAGCUGAGAAAUUGAUAUGUAUGUUUGUGUUGAAAAAUAGAUAGCUACAUUAAUGAUGCAUACACUGCCGAGAGUAAAAUUUGUCUGCUUAGACGAUCUAAAUGGUUCUACAGCGUUGUUUGCGACAACCAAGUAUUAUGCCUAUAGCAAAAGAUAGAUAACUUAUAAAAAUAUGCUAGACUUCCAUUUCUAUUUUGAAAUCUUCGCUACAUUACUUAAUUUUAACCAGUUAUUAGCAGUUAAUCGAAUGUGAAACACUGAAAAUAUUGAAUUAUGUAUGUGUUUUAAAUGUGUGUAAACCAAUAAACGAGUUUAACGAUUGA